GGGGGUGCUGGGUCUAUCGAGGCUCCAGCCCCACCCCCCCCUCAAGUGCCAGCCCCCCCAGCAGAGGGUACUUGGCUCAUGGAUCUUGGGGCAAUCCCGACUCUACCCAGUGAAACCCGGCCUGGCCAGCUGCGUCCCCCCGCACCCCCACCGAGACACAUUGCAGCGCCGGGUACUGCACGCGCCUCUGCAAUCCUCCCUCCCGCCCUGUUGCGACACAACCCACAUGGCAGCUGGGUGGGGGGGGAGGCAGCAGCUGGGGACGCCUGGGUCCUCUCCCAGGAGUCUCCCAUGCCCCAGCACCUGCUGCUUGGGGGUAACAGGGGUCGCUGGGGUAGGGGGCUGUGUAGAGCAGAGCCGUGGGGCUCCAUGGCCCUGAUCCUGAGCCAAGGAUGCCCUGGCCGUGCCCUGCCAGGCAGGUGACACAUGGGUCAGUGCCUCUGAGUCCCUCCGUCCCUGGAGUUUCCUGCCUGGGUCAGGCGGGAGAUCCCCUCGUUCCUGGGACCCUGCCCAGGCCUGGCUUGGAAAAUCCAGGCAGCAGGAAGGCUGCAGGCCAGGGGUGGCAUUCCCACCCCCUGGCAUUGGGGUGGCUCCCGGCGCCCCCUCCACCCACCCCUGGAGGCUGCCCCAGGGGAAGAGGAGGAAACGCCGGCGGAUCCCAGCCUCGCCGCAACACGCCGCAGCGUGGGCCCAGAGCCGCAGCAGGUGGAAAGGAGGAAGCGCCGGGUUAUUUGCAUGAGCUAUUGCUGUGGCCGCCGCGGCCCUUCCAUUGACGCCUGCCCCUGGUGACAGCCCGGCUUGCGCUGGCCAGGACGUUCCAGGAGCCCCGGGCCGGGGUGGGGCAAGCCCUGACCUGGGCAUGAGUGUGCUGGCUGAGAGGGCAGAGAUUUCCCAGGAAUUUCCUCCAUGAGCUCAAGUUUCCUUCACCAGGUGCCGGCAAGCGAGUGGGAAUGAUUCCCCAGGGCCAUGUGCGGGGUUCGUGGGGGCAAAGGGCUCCCACCAGCCUGCCCCUUCCCCAGGCCGGUGCCGGAUGGUUCAGGCCCCACGCGCUCGGGACCCCAGUUUGAGGCCAUCAGGGAGCCGAGCCGGAACCGCCCCAGCAGGGUCAGGCAGCCCUGGGCUGGGGGCACCGCCAGACCCCCAGGGAGGUCCUGGUUCAGGGCACCAGUGCCUUCAGCCAUGUGAGCAGAGCCCGGCCAAGCCCACAUCCCCCGGAUUGGCGCGGCUCCCUGGGCAGGGGCAAAGGGGCCAAGCUCAUUGCACCCAUGUAAAUCCGGAUGGGACCACCAGGACCCCCCAGACAGGGCCUAGGGCACACACGGCACCUGCUCCUCCAUGGCCUCAGCAGCCGGGCUGGGUAUUUAAUUGCCCCCUUGUUAAUUGCACGUUAAUCCCAGGGGGCUUUUCUUUCCUGGGGAAGGGGCUGAGUGUGUGGGGUCAAAGCCCAGGGUUCGGCAGGGCCUUGGACCUUCCUCUUCUGUCCUUCCCUGGGACCCCCGUGUUUGGGGCGCACGUUUUAACGGGUCAGUCCGGCUGCAAGAUCCCGGAGUGGGAAGAUCCCGGGGACUGCGUGGGGCGAUGGCAGCCCUGUGGAUGCAGCUGGCCCUUUAAAAUCUCACAGCCGUAAUGGGAAGGGCCCCGCGCUUUCUGUCUGCUCCUUCUUUCCGUCGUGUGCUCUCGGCUAAGCUUGGCAGAGCCCUCGGCCCGCCCCUGCUUGGAUCUGAUUGGUCCGCCGUCCCCGAGGCUGGCCUUUCAUUGGCCGCGGGGCCUGUCACAGGAGAACAGCCGCCGUGGGGUUUGUUUGAGCGUUUGGGGCGGAAGAGAAGCCCACGGGCGGGGGGGGGGAAGAUGCGGAAGGCGUUGCCAUAGCAGCGGCGACGGCAGCGGCAGGGAAUGGAAAGCGGCUCCGGCCCGGGCAGGGGCGCAGCGGACCGUGGCGGCUGCCGGGGGAGACGGGCAACUCUCGAGCGCAGGGCACUCUGGCAGAGGGCAGCGGGUGACUUGACCACAUCGCAAAGGCUUCUGGAUAAUAAUCUCUGGAGUAGACGGUUAUGGGGAGACGCCCGCGUUCACCAUGAACUUUGAAGGCCUGGACCCGUCGUCACUGGCGGAGUAUGCCUCCCCCCUGCACCCCGCCCUGGAGCCUGUGUUGGACCCCCACCUGCCCGCCACCCUGCUGCAGAAUGUGGAGCUGGACCCCGACGGCGUGGCCCUAGACGGCAUGGCUGUGCCUGAGUCGGUGCACAUCAUGGAGGGUGUCUACUCGGAGCUGCACACUGCCGUGUCUGAGGUGGGCGUCCCCGUCUCUGUCGCCCACUUCGACCUGCAUGAGGAGAUGCUCUGGGUCGGAAACCACGGGGGCCAUGCCACCUCAUUCUUCGGGCCCACACUGGAGCGAUACUCCUCCUUCCAAGUGCACGGCAGUGAUGACGUUCGCCACAUCCAGAGCCUGGAGAAUGGCAUCCUCUUCCUCACCAAGACCAACCUCAAGUACAUGUCCCGAGGUGGCCUCAUCAUUUUCGACUACCUCAUGGAUGAGAGCGAGGACAUGCACAGCCUCCUGCUGACGGACCCCAGCACACUGCUGGUCGGGGGCCUGCAGAACCAUGUCAUCGAGAUCGAUCUCAACACGGUCCAGGAGACUCAGAAGUACACGGUGGAGGUGCCCGGCGUCACCAUCAUGCGCCAGUCCAAUCGCUUCUUCUUUUGCGGACACACAUCAGGAAAGGUGUCAGUGCGGGACCCACGCACUUUCACGGUAGAGCACGAGCUGGACGCCUACUCGGGCAGCCUGUCAGACUUCGACGUGCACGGGAACCUGCUGGCAGCCUGCGGGUUCUCAAGCCGCCGUGCGGGGCUGGCCUGUGACCGCUUCCUCAAGGUGUAUGAUCUGCGUGUGAUGCGGGCCAUCACCCCGCUGCAGGUGCACGUGGACCCCGCCUUCCUGCGCUUCGUCCCCACUUACACCUCCCGCCUCGCCAUCAUCUCCCAGACUGGCCAGGGCCAGUUCUGCGAGCCCACGGGCCUGGCCAACCCGGCUGACAUCUUCCACGUCACCACGGUGGGACAGCUGCUGAUGACAUUUGACGUGUCGGGCACCAAGCAGGCGCUGGCCUUCGGUGACUCAGAGGGCUGCGUUCACCUCUGGGCUGACUCGCCCGAGGCCACAUUCAAUGCCUUCUCCCGGGAGACUGACUUCGCCCUACCCUGCAUCGUGGACUCACUGCCCCACCUCGACUGGGGCCAGGACCUCGUACCCCUCUCGCUCAUCCCCGUGCCCCUCACCAGCGAGACCUUGCUGUCCGACUGGCCCGCUGCCAACUCGGUCCCUGCCCCCCGGCGGGCGCCACCCGUGGACCCCGAGAUCCUGCGCACCAUGAAGAAGGUGGGCUUCAUUGGCUAUGCCCCAAACCCCCGCACCAAGCUUCGCAACCAGAUCCCGUACCGGCUCAAGGAGCUGGACAACGAGUUCGACAGCUUCAGCCAAGUGCCUGAGUCCCCCAUUGGCCGUGAGGAGGAGCCACAUCUCUACAUGGUGGCCAAGAAGUACAGGAAGGUCACCAUCAAGUACUCGAAGCUGGGGCUGGAGGACUUUGACUUCAAGCACUACAACAAGACGCUGUUCGCGGGGCUGGAACCCCAUAUCCCCAAUGCCUACUGCAACUGCAUGAUCCAGGUGCUGUACUUCCUGGAGCCCGUGCGCUGCCUGGUGCAGAACCACCUGUGCCAGAAGGAGUUCUGCCUGGGCUGUGAGCUUGGCUUCCUCUUCCACAUGCUGGACCUCUCCCGUGGGGACCCCUGCCAGGGCAGCAACUUCUUGCGCGCCUUCCGUACCAUCCCAGAAGCCUCGGCACUGGGCCUGAUCCUGGCUGACUCAGAUGAGGCCACAGGGAAGGUGAACCUAGGCCGCCUGAUCCAGAGCUGGAACCGCUUCAUCCUCACACAACUGCACCAAGAGACCCAGGAGCAGGAGGGGCCACAGGCCUACCGGGGCGCUGGUGGCAGCAGCUUCGCCUCAGCUGGGGAGUCGGUCAUUGGGCAGCUCUUCAGCUGCGAGAUGGAGAAUUGCAGCAUGUGCCGCUGUGGCAAGGAGACAGUGCGCGUGUCAUCCACCCUGCUCUUCACCCUCUCCUACCCUGACAGCACUGAGAAGCCCAUCAAGGACUAUGAGUUUGUCCAGAUCUUGAAGAGGAGCAUCUGCCUGGAGCAGAGCACGCAGGCCUGGUGUGAGAACUGCGAGAAGUACCAGCCCACAGUCCAGACCCGGAAUAUCCGGUGCCUGCCGGACGUCCUGGUCAUCAACUGUGAGGUGAACAGCUCCAAGGAGGCUGACUUCUGGAAGGUGCAGGCUGAGUUUGCCUUCCAGAAGGCGCUGAUGAAGCGAGGCCUGGAGGUGCCCAAGGGCAAGGACCUGGCACUCGGUGACUGGAAGGAGCUAGGCAGUGCCGAGCCCGGGCAGCCCUACCCCUCCAUGGAGGAGCUGAAGAAUGUGUGGAUCCCCCACGCCAUCCGCAUGCGGCUGACCAAGAACAAGGAGCUGGAUGUCUGCAACUGGAGCGAGAGCGAUGAGCCAAGUGUGUCGGAUGACCCCGACUCGGUGCACGUGUAUGACCUGAUGGCCACGGUGGUGCACAUCCUGGACUCCCGUACUGGCGGCAGCCUCGUGGGGCACAUCAAGGUUGGGGAGACCUACCACCAGAGGAAGGAGGGCGUAACACAUCAGCAGUGGUACCUCUUCAAUGACUUCCUCAUCGAGCCUGUGGACAAGUGGGAGGCUGUGCAGUUCGACAUGAGCUGGAAGGUGCCGGCCGUGCUAUACUACGCCCGGCGCAACCUCAACGCCAAGUACAACCUCACCAUCAAAAACCCGAUCGAGGCCAGUGUACUCCUGGCUGAGGCGUCACUGGCCCGCAAGCAGCGCAAGUGCCACGCCACCUUUAUCCCGCUCAUGCUCAGUGAGAUGCCCCAGGCUGGCGACCUGGUGGGGCUGGAUGCCGAGUUCGUCACCCUCAACGAGGAGGAGGCUGAGCUGCGCAGUGACGGGACCAAGUCCACCAUCAAGCCCAGCCAGAUGUCAGUGGCGCGGAUCACGUGUGUGCGCGGCCAGGGCCCCAACGAGGGCGUCCCCUUCAUCGAUGACUAUAUCUCCACCCAGGAGCAGGUGGUGGAUUACCUGACCCAGUACUCAGGGAUCAAGCCAGGGGACCUGGACGCCAAGAUUUCCUCUAAGCACCUCACGACACUCAAGUCAACCUACCUGAAGCUGCGCUUCCUCAUCGACGUGGGGGUCAAGUUCGUGGGCCACGGGCUUCAGAAGGACUUUCGGGUCAUCAACCUCAUGGUGCCCAAGGACCAGGUGAUUGACACAGUCUACCUGUUCCACAUCCCCAGGAAGAGGAUGAUCUCACUGCGCUUCCUUGCCUGGUACUUCCUAGACCUGAAGAUCCAGGCGGAGACGCAUGACAGCAUUGAGGACGCGCGCACAGCGCUGCAGCUCUACCGCAAAUACCUGGCACUGAGCCAGGGCAGCGCCGAGCCCGAUGAGGUGCGCAAGGUGCUCAAGGGGCUGUAUGAGAAAGGCCGCAAGAUGGACUGGAAGGUGCCCGAGCCUGAUGGCCCGGGCAGCCCCAAACAUGCCUCUGUGUACCCGCCUGUGCUGGCGCUCUGACCCCAGCUGCUACUGCACUCUGGCCUCAAGGGCCCAUCCUGCUCUGUGCCCGUGUCUGGACAGGUUGCUGCGGCUGAAGCUUCCUGGGAACAUCCAACCUCAGCUGCCACCUCCUGCCCGUGGGACCCCCCCUGCCCCACAGGGGUCCUGGGGCCCUACACCACCCCUGGCCCCCUGUGCAGCUGCAGGGGCCUGUGGCUGCCUGGGGUUUUUAAUAAUUUGUAUAAAAGGUGCGUGCAGUGGGGCAGGUACUCAGGACCCACCUUGGCACCUCGUGUCAUGGGCUUGCCCUGCAUGUCACCAGCACCCGGUGCCACCGGCUCCAGGGUAACUCAUAAAGCUGCAUUGGCACUGUCAGCACCAGCCGUGGUCUGUGUCCUCCUUGUGUGCUGGGGCGGGGGGAGGGCUCUAAACCUCCGCGUACCCCAACCCUGCCCAGGGUCCCCCGGAGCAGGCCGGGACGGUGGCAGGUGCCUGCUGCGGGGGAAGCCGGGGUCCGAGUUUUGGCCCAGCACAGACACCAAGCAAGUCCUCAGGCAGAGCAGUCGUGCCAGGGCUUGCAGGGGCCGACCCUGCGGCUGGGGAAUCCCGGCCUGGCUCCGCUGCGGGCUCCAAGCCGGGGCCACCUGCUGAAUCAUCAGCCCCACGCCCCUUCCCAGGAGUCCGGCCCUGCCACCCCCGGGCUGGGGAGAACCCAGGAGCCCGGCCCCUGCCUCAGGCCCGCGGGACUCCGAGUCCCAGUCCCGGCC